UCGCAAAAGGCUCUCUGUUUAUUUUAUAUGUAUAUUCGAAUAACGUUACAGAUUGUCGGUCUCAAACAUAACGCUCUUGUGGGUAGUUACAGCCUUGGUGACCGCAACCGCUUGAUAUCGGUUGUUUGUCGUUUUAGCUGACAAUUAGCCACUGCUGAAAACGUUUGGCCCCACUGACAUGCCGUAGAAUGCGGUCUUCUUCGUGGUGGGGGCAGUUGUUGCCAUGGCGACCUCACACAAAUUGUCGGUGUUGGAAACUAACCGAACUUUAAAACAGUAAGCGCACCUUGGAGCACCAGAAACACGGAAUCUUAAAACAAAUACACAGGAAUAAAAUGGCUUCCUCCUUGGUCCCCGACUUCCCGGCCGUUAUGGUUGCUCUCGAACAUUUAGAGGAACUGGUCAAAGAGCUGAAAGAGGAGGGAGUACCGUUCGCACCUGAAGUUAGCCUCCAUCUGACAGAGAUAGCGGCAGCUGCUACUGGACUGGAGGGUGAAAGACGUACUACACAUGAACAUUUAGAAGUGGAAACCAUAGAAAACAGCAAGCUGAGACAACAAAUUAACAAUACACGUGAAAGAAUGAGCCAGGAAUUUGUGGCUGACAUAGCAGCAGCUCGGGCAUCUAAUGCUGAAGAGACAGAGCAGCUGCAGAAAGACCUCAGCUUAGUCUCUCAGCUACAAGAAGCCACUGUGAAGAGGCAGGAGUCAUUGUUGAGCCAAAAUGAAGUUUUGCACCCUGAACGAGAACAGGUGAAGGCUGAGCAUGAAAACAUCAUUGCUGUUCUCAAUGAGCAAAUCACCCUAAAAUAUCAUUUGCAAAUGCAGUUGGAUCACACACGGGAGCAGAUAGAGGAGCUGAAGGCUUGCAUUGCUGCUGUUGAGCUGGACAAAAUAACAACAAAGCAAAACAUGGUGCUGGAGAAAGAGGCUUCCAUUGUGAAAAAAGACAGCCUGUCCAGAGAUGUGGACCAAGCCAAUGUGAAAAUUACAGAGCAAAAGGAAGUGAUCAGAAGGCACACAAGUGAGUUGGAAAGAGUUAACCACAAGAAACAACAAACUCUUCAUCGUCAGGGAGAGCUCAUGAGUGAAAUGUCCAAGCUGGAGAGCAAUAUACGUGGAUUGACAGCAUCUCGGUGCCAGUUUGAGAAGCAGCUGGAAGGGGAAACCCAAAAAUAUCAAGAGUUGCACCAGCAGAGAGAAAUGCUGAAGAAGGAGUUGUGUGAGUUAGAGGAAUCUUUCAUCCUUACCAUCCAGCACCUCAAAGCGAAAAUUGCCACAGUGGAAGGUAAAAUAGAGGAGGGUCGAGUGUCAGGGCUGCUGUGUCAAGAACACCUGGCUCAAAUGUAUGAGAUAUUUAAGUGUCGGCAUGAUGAGGAGAAUGAAGUAAGGGCAGAGAAUUUCCAUGUCCUACAGCAGCUGAAACGGUCCAAGCUGCAGCUGGAGGAGCGCAUUGCCUCUAUAGUCAAACACAGCAAGGAGAUCAAAGAGAUGGACAAAAAGAUCAGAGAACUCCUAGAAGCUGACAAAAUCAACAAGCAAGUGUUUGAGAGGAAUCAAAAAGAGUUGUGCAGUAGCAUGGCUGCACAGAAAAAGAACCUCAGCCAUCUUGAGGAGGAGAAGAGCCAGCUAGAGAAGCUCCUAGAGGAGGCAAAGAGGAAGCAGGAAGAGUAUGUGGCAAAAAUGACCUCUGACAUCAGCAUUGCCAAGAGGAGAUACGAGGAGCUGCGACAAGAGGAGGCCCAAAUUCAGAUACUUCAGCCAGAGAGCGCAGAUGCUGACUUGCUGUUGAGCCAGGUUUCCCAGUUUGAGGUGGAGUACACACAAAUAGUUUCCAAACACCUCCAGGAAAUAGCUCAGUCCACUACAGAGACCGAGAGCAUCACAAGGAGAAAUGAGGAGAAGCAGAGGGAGGUGGAGGAGAAAGAGGAGAUUCUAAAGGAGACCGAGGCCAUUUUGGCCAAGGAGCAAAGCAGGCACCAGGGACUUGAAACGUUCGCCUCCAGACUGAGGCAGAGGAAGAUGGAGCUAGAGCUUUUGAUUCAGAAGGUGAAGGGGAAAACAAGUGCUCUGCUUCAGCCCAAAGAGGAGAUGAAGGCUGAGCUGGAAGUCUUGCGAGCAGAAUACAUUGGCGUGCUUGACAAACAGGCCUUAGAGCUCAGAGCUGUAGAGAUGAGCAUCUAUGACAGCACCAUGAAACUGGAGCAGGUCAACAUGGAAAACAGCAGGCUGCGCCUCUGUAUCAGACAGAUGGCCGAGGAUGUUGGCAGAGCCAGGCAGAACAAAGACCGAUACUGGCAGGAGAUCCACAAGUUCACCGAGGACAUAAAGGCAUUGUUGGAGAGUUUACAGGAAACCUGGGGAGAGGAUUUGUCAUUAACUCAGGAUUAUCAGAGCAGCGAUGGUGUUGUGUUGCUGUCUAUGAGUGCCUUGUUGAACCAUCUGAAAUCCAGGAGACAGCAGUUAGGAAAUGUCAGCACACUCCUACACCAACAAAUGUUAGAUUUUAGCAAACGACUGGGAGACAAGACAGUUAUAGACCAGCAUAGCUGAGUUAAAUGUCUGCUGAUGUGUAGUAUCUGUCAGUUCAAAUAAACUUUAUGUAUGGGAUGUUUAAGUUAAUAUUAAUUUGUGAUCAAAUCUUUUAAUAAAGGUCUAAGCAACAA